CCCUACUGGUCGCCGGAGCGAAGCCGAGUGCCGGUGCCCCGCGCUGCCACGCCCCAUCCCUCCCCAGGCCUGCCGACACCCAACCUGAAGCCCUCCGUACAGCACCGGCGUACGAUCCCGUCCCGCCUCUUCGGGUGCUCUUCAGUCGUCAGGCAGCUAGCUCAGUGCGACAGAGGCACCCACAUCCGGCAAGCACGGGCGGCGUACGCAGCACUCCACGGGGAGUCGGCGAAGGCAGCAGCAUCGAAGGUGUACGAUUACGUGAGGUACGAUCUGAAAGAGAUCGCCUUCCCGUCUUCUCUGCCACACCCUCCGGGCACCAAGAGGCGCCCUAAGCUAACACUGAAAGAAAAAUGGUGUUUCCUCAAGGAGGCAACUAGGCUCUAUGGGGCUUCCUGGGUUAGGGACAUCGGUCCCGAGCUCAGGCCCAACGACUACAAGAAGGCCGAAGAGGAAUCAUACCCCAGCAACAGUGAGGAGGGGAAAACUAAAAGUGAGCCUACUGUGCUUGAGGAUCUCGCGGUGGCAGCGAGGGGUGGGGGCGAGACUUUGAAGCCAGCGCUGCGGCGCAUAUACAUGACACGCGCCUCAACCUACACAAGUGCAGUGAAGAACUAUGUGGAGACCUAUCAGGAAGGGCUGAAGGAUUUGUUGGACGAGAAGGCUGCUGGGAAGGGUCACCAGCCAGGCAAUGAGCCAAGGAGAUCAUUGAUGUCGCCUCCACCCCCGCAAUCAUCGUCAUGAACUUGUUUCAGUUUUCUGGGGAAAUGUUAUCAUUAGGACUCGCAGUUUAACGUUCAUAUGUACUCUUGUCAGAGUGGACAGCUCUGUAGUCGGGUGGAACAGAUAGUGAUGCUUAUCACAUAUCCUAAAAACAAUCUUUUAUGCUUAGGUCUGUUCUUGCUUGUUUCAGUUGAUGCUCAGACAAACAAAACGUGAUGCUUAGACAAACAAAAAGAAAACAUAGUA